ACAGAAAUUCAGAGGAACUGGAGAAAAAUAUCCGUGGCUGAGGAUGACUAGUAAAACAAACCGCACAAUGAAUGCAUGAACAGUCGGGUCUAACAGGAAAGAUUGUGUCCAGAGUUUUUAUUUUAGUCUGAAACGUUUUAACUAACUGGAUCUGAAUAUAGUAAGACUAGAGAAGGAGCUGUAACUACGUGUGGGCGAGUUUGUUGUUGCUGUUAGCAUGUCUCUGCUCUUUCAUUUGUUGUGGUGUUCUCUGGCAAGGUUGGGAUUGGAAAGUGUGUCUACUGGUCUAGUGAGUGACAGCAUCAGUCUUGGAGAAUUUGAAUUGAAGCUAGGCAGUAGUUUUUUGACUCCUAACAUUUCUUAUGCUUAAUGCAAUAUGCUGUGUGCAUGUGUUUAUGAAUAACCACUUCUCAAUAUUGUGAUUUUUCUACACUAAUGAAAUGGCCCUUUUGCUUGGAAAGGGAAUUGGGUCAAUUGACUAAAAUUUCUUCAGUAAUGUUUUAAGAGGACUGUCACAUUUGCAAAAAAAUGUGCUUAGGAAUGGAUUUUAACAAAUUUAAAGUUUAUAGAGGGUGGGGAAGAAAGUUGAGACAACUUGACAAUUUUCAUUGAGAUUUCCCUUUUAUAGUUUAUGACUUUCCAAAUCUCACAGUUUACAUAGGGCCACCUGUUUCCAGAGCUUGUUUGUUAUGCUAACGUAUGUGUGUGUAUUUGGGUCCCAGGGACAGGUAGUAAUGUGGUGAUGUGCUGUAAUUCAUUCAUUCCUUGAGUUGAGACUGCCUCUAGGGAGCACUGAGAGUAUGCGAGGCACUGUACCAGUGAGACAGUGACUCAGUCUAGGCUGAGCUCUUGUGGUGCUUCUCCGUGGUCUGACCUCGGUUUCACAGCGUGCGCCAGUCACAGAGGAGCUCAACUUGAGAUCCUGAAGAGCCUCCUGUGUUUCAGUGAGUAUUGUGACAGCAGCAGGAGUAGUGCAUUGAAAUCAGCUCCCGCAACGGUACUCGGCGAGCUCAAACAGGACGGUAAAAUCCACAUAAUAGUCAUCUCUGAAAGCCUGCUGUCUUCAGACGUCGUUCCUCUUUUGAAGUGGGCCAUGAGGGCAGAAUGUCUGACGCUGGUUGCCUUAUUGGCGCUGGAGUAUGUGUGUCGGGGUGAAGCCAUGUCCACCUGUAAGUCACUGGACUUGGAGCUGGUGAAGAGGAAACGUAUUGAGGCCAUCCGUGGACAGAUACUGAGCAAGCUGCGGCUGCCCAAGGAGCCAGAGAUUGACCAGGAGGGAGACUCUGAGGAGGUCCCAACCUCCCUGAUGUCCAUCUACAACAUCACAGUGGAGCUGAGUGAGGAGCAGGUGAAAACGUACAUACCGCCCACUCAGGAUGCAGAAGAGGAGGCAUACUUUGCAAAGGAGGUCCACAAGUUCAACAUGAAACAAAGUGAGAACACCAGUAAGUACCAAAUGCUCUUCAACAUGUCUGAGAUGCGGUCUGUAUUGGGGACAGAUCGACUGCUCUCUCAAGCUGAGCUCCGUCUCCUCAUCAAAAAUCGUGGCCUGCACGACAGCAGUGAGCAGAGGCUGGAACUCUACAGAGGCACUGGAGAUAAGGCACGUUACAUGAAGUCCCAUUUUGUCUCAAAGGAAUGGGCCAAUCACUGGGUCUCCUUUGAUGUUACAAAGACUCUGAGGGAGUGGCUGCAAGGGGCUGGAGAGGAGCAAGGAUUCCAAUUGAAGUUGCCUUGUGAAUGUGGGAAAGCAAUGGAAGAAUUCCUCUUUGAAAUAUCAGGGAUGAACAAGCCAAGGGGAGAUAAAGAAACUCUCUUAAUGAACAUGCCAAAGCCUCACAUUUUACUGAUGUCACUUCCUGUGGAACGCCACAGCCAGCUUAGCUCUCGGAAGAAACGACAAAGCACUACUGAAGAGAUCUGCUCAGACAAAUCGGAGAGUUGCUGUGUGCGAAAGCUUUACAUUGACUUCCGUAAGGACCUGGGCUGGAAAUGGAUCCAUGAACCCACUGGCUACUUUGCUAACUACUGCAUGGGCCCAUGCACCUAUAUAUGGAACACAGAGAACAAGUACGCCCAGGUACUGGCUCUGUAUAAGCACCACAAUCCUGGAGCCUCUGCCCAACCUUGCUGUGUUCCACAGGUCUUGGAGCCCCUACCCAUUCUCUACUAUGUGGGUAGACAACACAAGGUGGAGCAGUUGUCCAAUAUGAUUGUUAAGUCCUGCAAGUGUAGCUAGAAUUACAUAUAUAUCCAUUUCCUUAUUCAUCGUAUUUCCUUGUACUCAUGGAGUUCUAGCGAAAAUCUGGAUGUAGUCCAGACAUCAUUUCCGAAUGUUAAUAAUAUUAUUUGACAUAUUUCCCAGCCGAGGAUUUCCCUAUUCAAUGAUUAGUGGAUGUUUUUUAUUUACAUUUUUUAAAUAUAUAUAUAUAUAUAUAUUGUCCUGGGUGUGUCAAUAGACUUGUCUUAUUGUCAUUGUGUUUCAGUAUUUACAGUGUAUUCACAAAGUAUUCAGACCCCUUCUCUUUUUCCACAUGUUGUUACGUUACAGCCUUAUUCUGAAAUGGAUUAAAUAAAAUAAAAAUCCUCAUCAAUCUACACCUGUAAAAAAGGUUGUCCCCCUCCCCUCUCUACCUAACUUCCCCUUCACAGUCCCUUCAGUUUUCCUUAAGUCCCGUUAGUUUGGCUGCUCAGCCUACCUAAGUUGUCCCUCACCCAUCAUAGCCCUGCCAUUCCCAAACAAACAGAGUGCUUGGAAAGGGGCAUCUGGACACUGCACCCACCCACUCAGGUCAGAGCAUUAUUGCUUGCUGUCUGAAUGGAGAAGACUCAUGUGUCUGAGGACUUUUUAUUGUCGACAGUAACAUGAAAGUCUGACUGUUGUGUGUGCGCGUCGAAAAUAACCACAACAAUAAGAAUCCAAAUAAUUUGGAUUACCAAAAUCAUAUAAACAUAGUCAAUGGAAACAUCUCUGUGUGUGUGUGUGUGUGUGUGUGUGUGUGUGUGUGUGUGUGUGUGUGUGUGUGUGUGUGUGUGUGUGUGUGUGUGUGUGUGUGUGUGU